AUGGUCAAGGACAGGGUGUGCUAUCUUGUUGCUGUCCGUGCGCAAGGACAGGACGAAUUCUACUUGGAGGAACCAUUGCCUGAUCGGAAGUAUCUUCGAGAAGCUGUCGAGGCAGACAUCUCCCGCGCGACCCUCCUCAUUAGCAAGUGGCCAACUGAGUUCUUCGAUGCCGACGUUGCAGCGAAGUACGUCGCUGGUGUGUUUGCUCUGAACAGGUUCGAUUACACGCCAUUCGAGGGUGUCGCUGCCGAGAAAUUCCAGGGUUAUGUCACGUUUAAUACUGCGAGACACGCGUUUGCUGUCGGUAUGUUCGAGCUCAAGGUUGAGCGGAAGGACUGGACAAGGAAAGAGAAAAACGCGGGACUGAAGAAACUGAACGAAGCCGUCGAGUUCAACGUAUGCCGCGUUUUGAACCUUAUCCCCAGCUCUCUCUGGCCAUCAACCUUCUCCGAUGUCAACGAAGCCCGCAAUUUUGUUGCCAGGUACUGCCACGAUAUCAGAUUCAGGUAUACAGGAUGGCCGGAUGUGGCGCUCACAGGUUUCAACGGUUCGUCAACUACAACGCCGCGAAGCGAAACCACGACAAGUAGGCUUGGUCACAACGAGGCUGAUGACUUCGUCGAUGAUGUCAGUGCCACAAAUGUGAACGGCUUUGACGACGACUACAAACUCACUUCCGCCACACCUACUCCACCGUCCGAGGCAUCAGAUUCGCCUGCGACAGCCGGAGCGGUGGAUGACGAAGUCGAAGAGUACUCCGCCGAUCAAAAGGAGUCGCUUGCCGUCGAUCCUUUCAAUGCAAGCACACUUACUUUUUGUUACCUUCCGGGCCUCAACUGACUGUGGGUGUAGGACCUCGUCGCUGAACUUCAGCGUGGAUACCUGCUCAAGGCCGCUUUUGCAUGA